AUGCAUAAACCUUUUCGACAGUGGAUUUCCUACGUGUUUUUGUGUUAUGGUAUCAUCUACUUAAGGCUCGGGGCCCUGUCCUCGGUGGUGGCUCUGGGGGCCAACAUCAUCUGCAAUAAGAUCCCCGGGCUGGCCCCCCGGCAGCGAGCCAUCUGCCAGAGCCGCCCCGAUGCCAUCAUCGUCAUCGGGGAGGGCGCUCAGCUGGGCAUCAAUGAGUGCCAGUACCAGUUCCGCUACGGCCGCUGGAACUGCUCGUCCCUGGGGGAGAGGACGGUGUUUGGACAGGAGCUGCGAGUAGGCAGCAGGGAGGCGGCGUUCACCUAUGCCAUCACGGCGGCGGGCGUGGCCCACGCGGUCACGGCCGCCUGCAGCCAGGGCAACCUCAGCAACUGCGGCUGCGACCGCGAGAAGCAGGGCUACUACAACCAGGAGGAGGGCUGGAAGUGGGGAGGCUGCUCGGCUGACAUCAAAUACGGCAUUGAGUUCUCCCGAAGGUUCGUAGACGCCCGCGAGAUCAAAAAAAACGCCAGGCGGCUGAUGAACCUACAUAACAAUGAGGCAGGAAGAAAGGUCCUGGAGGAGAGGAUGAAGCUGGAAUGUAAGUGCCACGGCGUCUCGGGGUCCUGCACCACCAAGACGUGCUGGACCACCCUGCCCAAGUUCCGGGAGAUCGGCUACGUCCUGAAGGACAAGUACAACGAGGCGGUGCAUGUGGAGGUGGUGCGGGCCAGCCGCCUGCGCCAGCCCACCUUCCUGAAGGUGAAGAAGGCGCAGAGCUACCGCAAGCCCACGGAGACGGACCUGGUGUACAUCGAGCGCUCGCCCAACUACUGCGAGGAGGACUCGGCCACGGGGAGCGUGGGCACGCAGGGCCGGCUGUGCAACCGCACCUCCCCCCACACGGACGGCUGUGACUUAAUGUGCUGCGGGCGGGGCUACAACACGCACCAGUACACCAAAGUGUGGCAGUGCAACUGCAAGUUCCAGUGGUGCUGCUUCGUCAAGUGCAACACCUGCAGCGAGAGGACGGAGGUGUUCACCUGCAAAUGA